AUGGCAGAAGAAGAAAUUACGAAGGCGUUGGAAAAUCUUUCAGUUGGCGAGGACAAUGUAAGUUUUUGUUUUAUUUUUAUUAUUAUAACAUAAUAAAAUACAUUUUUGGUUUUGUAUGAACUACAAUAACAAUAAUUAUUAAAUGACUCUUUCAACAGAAUGAGACAGAGAUAGAUAUUUCGCUUUUGUCCAACGAAGAAAUUACAUCACAUACUCAAUUACUGGACAAUGGUAUUAAAGAUAUGAAAAACGAACUUGAUUGUUUAUCAUACAAAUUUCAGUCACAAUUGGAUAAAAUAAUAGAAAAUAAAGGAAAAAUCAAAGUCAACAAGUCAUUACCUUAUUUGGUGUCUAGUGUUAUUGAGAUAUUAGAUUAUGAUCCGGAAGUCACUGAAGAAGAGGGUCCUGAGAUUGAUUUAGAUGGUAAAAAAAAAGAAAAAGGUGCAAUCAUCAAAACAUCUACGAGACAAGUUAGCAAAUGAUUAAAAUUUAAGCAUUAAAUUUUAAUCACUUAAUCAUUAGAUGAUUAAAAAUAUUAUUAUUAAAUGUAUAAGUUAUAUAACACUAUACUUGUUUUAAUUUCAGACUUGUUUCUUACCUGUUAUUGGUCUCGUUGAUCCAGAAAAAUUGAAACCAGGCGAUUUGGUCAGUGUUAAUAGAGACUCUUAUAUAGUAAUAGAAACUUUACCGUCUGAAUUUGAUGCUCGUAUUAAAGCAAUGGAAGUUGACGAUAAACCUACUGAACAGUAUACAGAUAUUGGUGGCUUAGAUAUGCAAAUUCAGGAGGUUAAUUAUCUAUUAUAUUUUUGAUUGUUAAUUCAUAAUUAAUACUAAAUAGUAAAUACUAAAAUUGUAUUGUUUCAGCUAAUUGAAGCUGUGGUGCUCCCCAUGACUCAUAAGGAAAAAUUUCUUAAUCUUGGUAUACAACCGCCAAAAGGAGUUCUUUUGUAUGGGCCCCCUGGUACUGGAAAAACACUUUUAGCUCGAGCAUGUGCUGCUCAAACAAAAUCAACGUUUUUAAAACUUGCUGGUCCACAGUUGGUACAAAUGUAUAUUGGUGAUGGGGCUAAAUUAGUGCGUAAUGCUUUUGCUCUUGCUAAAGAAAAAGCUCCUGCCAUUAUAUUUAUUGAUGAACUCGAUGCUAUUGGUACCAAACGUUUUAAUUCCGAGAGAGUUGGUGAUCGAGAAGUACAAAGAACUAUGUUAGAACUCCUUAACCAGUUGGAUGGUUUUAGUUCAACGUCAGACAUUAAAGUGAUCGCUGCAACAAACAGAGUAGAUGUAUUGGAUCCAGCAUUAUUGAGAUCUGGUAGAUUAGAUAGGAAAAUUGAAUUUCCACAUCCUAACCAAGAAGCUCGCUCUCAUAUUAUGCAGAUUCAUUCAAGAAAGAUGAACAAAGUUGAUGUAAACUUUGAAGAACUUUCAAAAUGUACUGAUGAUUUUAAUGGGGCUCAGUGCAAGGCUGUUUGUGUUGAAGCUGUAAGUUGA